CCCUUCAGUACUUGUAUGGCAUUGGCUAAACCUGUCUCCGCCCCUCUACGUCAUCAGCCUAUCGCGGAGAGUGGAGGGUCGGCGAUUGGUCCGACUGGAGAAGUUGGCCGGAAGGGCGGGGGCGGGGUUUGGGUGUCAGCAGAGAUGGCGGCGGCCGCGGCGAGUCGAGGGCUCCGGGCCAACCUGGGCCUUCGUGAGAUUCGCAUCCACUUAUGCCAGCGCUCGCCCGGCAGCCAGGGCGUCAGGGACUUCAUCGAGAAACGCUAUGUGGAGCUGAAGAAGGCGAACCCCGACCUGCCCAUCUUAAUCCGCGAGUGCUCCGAUGUGCAGCCCAAGCUCUGGGCCCGCUACGCAUUUGGCCAAGAGAAGAAUGUCUCUUUGAACAACUUCAGUGCUGAUCAGGUAACCAGAGCCCUGGAAAAUGUGCUAAGUGGCAAAGCCUGAAGCCUCCACUGAGGUUUAAGAGUGACAGCCCCACAGCCUGGGCUCUGCUGGACUGAGUACAAUGUGGAAAAAUAUGUUCUUCUGUUCUUUAUAAAGCUUGUGCUGUAAGAUGCCAUCUUAGGAUGUUCUUUUCCUUGUUCCAUCCCUUACCCCUUAUUGCACAACCUCUGAGGCAAGGCAGUUUAAUAUAAAAAUAAAACUUUAUUCUGUCCCA